AUGGGGGAAGAAGAAUCCAACACCAAUUGGCCACAUUAUGAUUGUGGCCUCGCACAAUCUCCCGGCACAGGUAUAAAUGAGAAGCGGCCAUGGACGCCAUGGGCCUCGCGUGCUGACAAAGCCACACUUAUAAGCCACGGACAACACGCCGCCUCCUCAGCAGCCGCGCCACAUCCGAGGCGCCCACGCAGACGCAGCCCAACCCGAGAGCGGAGCAGACAGCAGAGCAAGGGGGAGAGAGGAUAGAGGGAGACUGAUCGAUGUCUUCCGCAUCGGUUCCGCCGCCGGUGGCGCCGGAGCGGAGGGUGCCCGUGGUGGUGCCGGUGGUGCCACACUUGGCUGAGGAGGGAGGAGGCGGGAGCGGGAGCGGGGGCAUGGCGGGGAUAUCGCCGAGCAUCCUUAUCAUCGCCGUAAUCGUGGUGGUGAUGCUUCUGGCGUCCAUCUCCAUCCACUACUUCAUCCGCAGUCUCUGCCGCCGCUCCCCCUCCUCCGCCUCGGGGUCCUCGGCGCCGCCGCUCCCGCUCGUGGCGGUCCGCAGCUCCGCGGUGGCCCCGGCGGCGGCGGCGGCGGCGCCCGUGGCCGACCAGGGGAAGGAGGCGGCCGCGGAGAGGGAGCGGCUCAUCGGGCGGCUGCCGCUCUUCACGCUGGCGUCGUCCCUCGCCGCGCUGCCCAGGUCGUCCAGGGACUGCGCCGUGUGCCAGUGCGUGUUCUGCGCCGACGACGAGCUCCGCCUCCUGCCGGCGUGCCGCCACGCCUUCCACUCCGGCUGCGUCGACCCGUGGCUCCGCGCCAACCCGUCCUGCCCGCUCUGCCGCGCCUCCAUCGCGCUCCCGUACCCGCCGCUCCCCGAGCUCCUCCGCGUCGAGCUCGGCAGCGUCAGCAGCCGCCGCUCCACGUCGUCCUCCUCCUCCGCGGCCGUCGCCGCGGCGCCGCCAGAGGGAGUCCGGGCGUACCCGCUCCCCAACUCCAACACCAACACAGAGUACCUCGUGGAGGAGGACCUCCAGGUCGUCCUCAAGCCGCCCAGCGCCGCCAACCCGGCGCCGCCGCCGCCCCCCACGGCUCGAAUUACCGGCGAGCCGAGCCAGCAGCUGGCAGCCGCGGCGGAGCGCGGGCUGUCGUCGUCCGUGACGCCGACAGCGUCGUUCAGGUCGGUGGGGCGUUCCAGCAGCAGGUGGAGCAACCGGUGGAGCAACCGGUGGAGCAGCGGGCGGUGGAGCAGCCGGUACGACGCCGGGAGCGUGACGGCCGCCGCCACGGCCGAGUGGUGGUGGGACAUGGACGGCGGGGUGGCGCCAGCGUCGCGGCGGGCCGAGUCCGAGGACGGCAGCGCCUUCUACGGGUUCGUUAGGUGGCUGACGGGAGCAUACUAGCUACGUACUACUAGUAAACAGCGCGUUCCAACGGCGGGACAAGCUCCGGCCUCCGGCGCCGCAGCCCCGGCGCCGCGCAUGCAGUGUAAUCUCCAAACUGCCCCAAAACCGGAUGGAUUCUGAUGCCGCUGCCGCUGCCGCAGUCUCUGCUUUUGGGCAUCCGCGACCUUCUCUCUCUUGGUUUCUUUUGGGGUGCCGUACGGAUUACAAAACUGGCUCCGGCUUGGAGAAUGUCGGCGGGAAGGCUGAGGAAUUCGCUCGCUCGGGGACUUUGAGGCGAACCGAAACGAAACGAAACGAAAAUUCCACAUCUUCCCAAGCUUUCUGCUCCUACUCUAUGCAGUGAUGAAGAGAGAGUGAUUUUGCUCUCUGUCUCAUGUGCGCGACAGUGCGAGACUGUGUGCGUCGUAGCGUGGUACAUGAAACUAGUAGGGGACAGCGGUGUGCUUUGAGGCAGGGCAGGCGAAGAAAGCAUUUGUUGUGUGUAGGCGUAGAGAGUGCACAUGGAGGUGUGGUGUUGUUGGGAUAUGGGUGCAGAUUCCUGGUCCAUGCCAUGCAGCAUGAGCAUGAGCAUGAUCAUGAGCGUGAGAUCAAGAACUCGGCUCUACUCGGAUGGAAAAAGGACUUGGCUGUCCCAUUGGACAAGUAAUCAUCUCCUACUAUCAUCUGCUAGUAGCUAGCAUGAGUAUAUUAUUAUCUACUGUUAGUUCAAAGUGAUCAUUUUUGUUGAA